GAGGAGGAGGAGGAGAGGAAGGAGGAGCGAGCGAGUGAGUGGGGGAACAGACUGGCUGAAGCUCGCAGCUCGCAGUCUCUCCUCAGUGCUUUGUGAAGCAGCUUCUUUUUGCUUUCCCUCUCGCACACACUUGCCUCUCCUACUCUUUUGCCUGAGCUGACAAGAGCAAACGCGGCAGCAAAAAGAGGGGCUCACUCGCUCCAACUCUCCCCGUGCCAUGCUGCCCUGGAGAAGGAAUAAGUUUGUUCUGGUGGAGGAUGAGACCAAGAGUAAACCCAAGAGCCUGGGGACGGGGCUGACCUACCACUCCAUCCUCUCCUCUCUUCUGCGCUCCUGUCCGGACUUGCUGCCCGACUGCCCCUUCGACUGGGUGGGCAACAUCUUCCAUACCAAACGGCAAAAGGUGGAACUGAACAAAGAGGAGCCUGUUUACAAUGUGCGCUACCUGGGGAGUGUGGUCACCAUCACAGCAAAGGGAGACGGUUGCACCCAGGAGGCAGUGGCCAAGAUCUGGGCGAGGAGCAACUACGGGGAGCAGAGUGUCAAGAUGAGGUUAACAGUGGGGCCGCAGGGCAUCAGGAUGAGUGCUGACAAGUCUGGGAAAAAGAAACCCAUCCAUCUUUACUCACUGAACAGAAUCACCUACUGCGGCGCUGACGCGUGCCGGCCCAAGAUCCUGGCUUGGAUCUACAGGCACCAGGUCAAGAACAUGGCCGUGGUGCUCCGGUGCCACGCUGUCCUGGUUAGCAAGUCGGAGAAGGCCCAGGCCAUUGGCCACAGCCUUUACCAGAACGCCACCUCCGCCUUCAGCGAGUUCAAGCGGCUGAAGCGUCAGAGCGAUUUCCGGCACUGCCAGCAGCAGCUGCUGGGGGAGGAAGCAGUGCCCCUGAUGCCUCUGAGGAGGCUGCUGAAUGGGCAGUGCCACUACAGACCGCCGGCCGACAAUCCCAGCAGCGCCACCCGCCUCUGCUCCAUCACAGAGGAAGAAGAAGAGGAGGAGGAAGACAUGGAACAUGAGAGGCAAGCGAUGGAGGAACCAGAUGAGCAGCAGGAGAAGCAGGUUUUUACAACAAAAACAGACCCGACUCAGUUAUUAUCCGAGCUGGACAUUGUGGAUAUUGCCAGACUGGAGCAGUGCCAAAUCAACUUUGUCAGUGACAGCAACAACAACACGUUUACAUUUAUAACCUCUCUGGUGUGACAAUAACGCAGUUUAAAGAAUUCUGCAACACUAUAGUAACCCAUUCGUCUCUUGGCCCUUCUCUGGUACCCCACUCAGGCUCCCUCCUGCCCCGUUCCGUGUAAUGUGAAGUGUUUACUAGAAACUUCUCCUACUACCAGGUGGUGGAGAAAAGGCAGAGGAUCGUUCUGUGGGAGCAAUUUCUAUGCUGGCCAGAUGGCUCAGAUGCUGGUUUUGUCGAUAGCAGUUUGUGAAACUGCGUGUUUACAAAGAGGGCUGGGGAUGCACAGACUAACGAUAGCACAAUGACGAAUGAGGACAAUUUCAGAAAAAAAAGGAGAUGGGUCACAUAUUGAUCACAGUACCAAGCAGGAUGCGUUUAUUAGUCCUCUAUCUUCUUAUAUUUGUGAGUAUAAUUUAUGCCGUGUUUGCCAGCAGGAACAUUUUUCGAAUCGACUUGUAAUAUUUUUUCAGGGAGGUUCUUUGUAAAUUUGUGUAAUUUUUCUAAUAUGACAAUCCUCACUGAAAUUGUUCACAGACUGACCUUUUCCGAGUGCUUACAAUCGCGAGAAGUUAUCACGGUUUUACUAAUGACCACGGCCGACUAAUGGAUAAGGCUGUCAUUUAGGAAGCAAGCCAUUGAGUCGACAUGUUUAUUGCUGUCAUUUGUUACGGUUCUUAUCAUUUAUGCAUGACAUGUCAGCAGUAACCUUUUCGUGCUGAGCUUCUGUCUAUUUUCAUGUGACAGCUUUGAUUCUCGGGGCUUUCAAAAUGAGCACUGUGAUAAAUGUGUUGCUGGGGAUAAAAUACACAACUGUUUACGUAGCAAUGUCUAACAAGCUUUUUUUUCACAUACCUAUUGCUUUGUCACGUGGUUUGCCAAAACAACAGCAAAAACAGAUUCCAAUUUGCCAUCGCUUUUUAGUCAAGUUUUGCUAAUGCAGUUUUUCCACAUGAGCCCUUACAAAUGCAGAUGGACCCUUACAAUUUAACACAAACUGUUUUGAAUAUGACUUUCCUGUUGAUAAUUUAUGUCCUACUGUCAAAGAUGCAUUGUGAUUAUUAUGAGAUGAAGCUAUCUAUUUUCCAAAUAUGAUGAAUAAAAAUUACCCUUACUUGGGUUUACUUCUUGAAUCACGGAGGGAGGGCAUUUCUAGAUGUUGUCAGAGAUUAUUUAAAUGAAUCCAACAAUUUUUGCAUUCCACCAGUGUGCAUUUGCAUAUUUCUGAUGUGAAAAUAUGCCUGACCUACACUUCAAAAAGGGAAAAAAACAACAUAUUUACACCAGCAUAAUCUGCUUCCUGAGCUAUAAAACUGUAUGAAAAGAGAAAAAGAAAGAAAGACAAAACUUUACACUGCCAGUCAGUCCAAUUAGAUGUUAAUGUGGUUUGAUACAUUUCUGCAGGCCUUGUACUGGCUUCUCAGCCUUUUUUUCCUCUGAGGGGAGUAAUUAAUCAGCAGAUUGAAUUGUCCAGGAAAUGAACAUAAAGCACCUGCCUCGGCAGGACAGCUGUCAAGCUCUGACAGAAGCGAGUGAUCCAAAACGGGGACCGGGAAGUUGACUCACCCCAUCAACCACUUUACUGCAAACAUCAGCCAUUUCAGUGACGACAGAGUCUUUAAAAUCUUUUACUGGAAUCGCACAAACAUCAGCAAGUGACGACAAUGAACCAGUGCCUGGUUUUUACAAUCAUCAGCAUCUCUGUCUUUGAACAACUCUGAAUUAAUAUAUUCCAUAUUAUAUAACCACAAUAUAUCCUUGCAGGGCAAUAAAUAUAUUGAUGAUCUGUGGAGUUAUUAAAGCCCAAA